AUGCAACCAUUUCGCCCGCAAUGGGCGUCGCGUACAGGAGCACCGAUCUCAUCCCGUACACAGACUUUGCAGGCAAAUGGCACAUUUCUUCGAGUAAAUCAAUACCUCACGACCGUCAAAGGGUCAAGGCAUAGCAGCAGCGCAGCAUCACCGGAAAGAGCUUUCAAGGAGCGUCAGGAGGCGGUCCAAACCACCUUUCCUGAGGCAUACCCUCGGCUUGCGCCUAACAAACACACGGUGAGCUGUGCGGAAUUCCGUGACCGCUACAGCCAUCUAGCAGAUAAUGAAACUGUAGAGGGAGACACGGUCGUCGUCAAUGGUAGGAUACGUACCUAUAGACUGGCCGGGAGCAAGUUGAUCUUCUUCGAUAUGUACCAAAAUGGCCAUAAAGUGCAAGUGAUGUGCAAUAUUCGUCUAUUGGAAGGGGUAACUCCCGAGUACUUCAAGAAGUUCUACCGACUGCUCCGCCGUGGUGAUGCCUUCUCCGUAACCGGUAGACCUCACCGUACCGGACGAGGUGAGCUCACAAUUGUGGCGACUCAGCUGCCUCAGCUCCUGUCGCCUUGCCUGCACGAUGUCCCCCUGGACGUCCACCUGCAUGAGACCUCCCCUUACCCUCGUCAUGUCCAGUUCCUGGCCGAUCAGAGAAUGGCAGAUACCAUCCGCGCCCGGUCGGCUAUCAUACAAUAUCUGCGCCAAUUCUUUGUCGACCGAGAGUUCAUGGAAGUCAGCACCCCUAUCCUCGAGGCGGUAGCAGGCGGCGCCAUCGCUCGCCCGUUCCACACGUCAGCCACCGAGUUUCCCGACCGUCAGCUGUCGUUGCGCAUCGCGCCGGAACUAUGGCUGAAGAGGUUGGUCGUUGGAGGGUUUGAUAGGGUAUUCGAGAUCGGGCCCUCGUUCCGCAAUGAAGGCCUAGACAAAACGCACAACCCCGAGUUCACCACCUGCGAAUUCUACCACGCCUACGCCAAUCUGGAAGACCUGAUUUCGAUCACCGAGAAACUUCUAUCGGGCUUGUCGGAACAUGUUCGCGGGCUGAACACAAACGACACCCUCGCACCCACCGAGGUAGAUUUCACCGCGCCGUUCCGUCGUAUCGACUUCAUCAGCGGAAUCGAGGACGCGAUCGGCCGUCAACUGCCCGACCUCAGUGCCCCGGACGCUCAAGCGCAGGUCAGGCAACUGUAUCGGGACCUCUCGCUCCCCGAACCCGCCAACCCCACCCUUCCGCAACUCCUGGACGAGCUCUGCAGCACCUACGUCGAGUCGCAGUGCAUCAACCCCACCUUCAUCAUCAACCCACCGGAAUGCCUGUCCCCCUUGUCCAAGUCAUUCAUCCACCCGACCACGGGUCGUCGCGUCGCGGCGCGCGCCGAACUCUUCAUCGAUGGCCGGGAAGUCGUGAAUACCUACGAGGAGGAGAACUCGCCCUCUGAGCAGCGGCGCAAAUUCGAGGACCAGAUACGCUUCAGUAAGGAGGCGAAUGAAGCCGAGGAGAUCGACGAGAGCUACCUCGAGGCGCUGGAAUGGGGGUUACCCUCGACUGGAGGGUGGGGGUGCGGAAUCGACCGACUGUGCAUGCUGUUCACAGGGGCGAAGAAGAUCGGAGAUGUGCUGUCGUUUGGCAACCUUCGCAAGGUCACUCACCGUGCUCCUGUCGUGAAGGUUUAG